AUUCCCAUUCCAUGUAGCACUGCUUUUUAUAUAAUUUCUUCGUUAGCUUCCACUCAUCUCUUACUCACUCUCCCUCUCCCUCUCCCUCUCUCUCUUUCACACACUCAUACGGCAGAGGAAACAGGGCCCAAAUGGGAAGGGAAGACCUCAUUGGAGCUGAAAGGCGCGACAGCAGACCAAGCAUUGCCUUUCUUUGAGGACUUCUGCAAUAUUCAUAAGUGGUUUCCAAAUCUUGAAACUGGUUACCAAGUCGAGGGUGAGCUAGGCAAGCCUGGCCUCAUCCGCUACUGCGCUUUCAAGCCACAAGCAUCCUCCGACAGCACAGGUGGGAACAUCAUCAAUUGGGCCAAAGAGAAACUCAUCAUGAUAAAUACUGUUGAACGGUUUCUAAGCUACGGGAUCAUUGAAAAUAACAUGGGAUAUAAUUCGUAUACGGCCACAUUCGAAGUAUUGCCAAUCAGUGGAGACGGAGCAGGAGAUCAAAAGAGGUGUAAGAUCGAAUGGUCAUUUGUUUGUGAUCCGAUUGAAGGGUGGAAAUUGCAGGAUGCCAAUUCCUUUAGGAACUCUACCCUCCAGCUUACGGCCAACAAAAUUGAGCAAGCACUCUGUGUCUCUACCUGAAAUUUGUCUCUUGUCCACAAUAAUCUUGUAUUGUGAUAAACUUACUAGAGUCCGUCAAAUUUCCAUCCAAAUCAACUGUAAAAUAAAUAAAUAAAUAAAGUAAUGCAAAAGCUUAUCCUCCAA